GUUUUGACUUUUGUCAAUGUCAUUGACAAACAUAAACACAAACAUUUAGGCAAGAAAUUAUUUAUCCAACAUUUUUUAUACAUUAUUUAUACAGAUAAUUAUCAUCAAAAGCAAAUAUGGGUGACGGAAAAUGCACGUUCGGAACUCGCCCCCCAGUCGACCUGCAGAUGCUCAACGAGAAGAUCAACCGGGAGGUGAAGCACUUUAGGAACUACAAGACUUACCGGCCUAACUUUGGAUCUCUGCCUGUCGCCACAAAGUUCUACGCGCGGCACGACCAACUCACAGACGAAUCAGAAGAGCAGAUAAAAAAGAUCGCCGGCUAUGCCUACAACGUGGCCCAGACGAGGGCCAAGGGACCACACAGCAAGUACCCUGCGCCUGUCACUGAGAGCCAUGUAUACGGCUGGUAUACAACCCCUCUUGUGCCCAUGGACCGUAACGACACGCGUUUCUACCACCCGAAGAAGGAGAGCACCCACACCAAGAUAGAGGUCAUCAUUCGCAUGUGCAACCCCAAGAAGAAGGGUUAACACCACAAACUACACAGACACCGCGCUAUGAAGAGUUUACACAACGUCACCUUAAAUAUGAUCAAUUACACUUGUGAAAUCUUAGAGGGUAUAAAAACGGAGUAGCCAUUAACAGGCGUUCCCCUCUGUCGAAAAGGUAUCGUCUUGGGUCGUCCCAUUCGUUUUUUGUCAAGUUCUUAAAUUAGUCCUAUUCUGCUUUCGUCACGCAUUCUACAUUGAAAGCCACCGACGAUUGUGACGAAUGUAAAAUGGGACACGAAAUCAGAAUAGGACUAAUUUAAGAACUUGGCAAAAAACGAAUGGGACGACCCAAGACGAUACCGUCGAAAAUAGGCGGCCAAUGGUCAUAUUUGUAUGUACUGACAUUUAUUUGACAUAGCUAUUUUUACGUAACGUAUUCAUUUGUUUGUUUGUUCGAGGGAGUUAAAAGGCAGGCCCAGCAAAAAGAAAAGUGGCGAUUACUCCACCUACAAGAGCAUAGGCUCUUAAAUACUGAUGAUGAUACAUUUGACGUGCCCCUCCCCCGCAAAAAUAGGCUGACUAUUUUGUACCGAAAAUUACAUACAUGGCGUCUCCGUUUGGUUAUAUCCUCUAGCCACGAAAUCUAUAUUUUAUAUUUGCAUGCUUAAUUAAGUAGAGUUAUGGUGGACUAUAUAACUAAUAUUGUAAUAACUAACUGUAACCCAUAUUCCGCAAAUAAACAAUCAUUCAUUCA